AACACAACACCAAUGAACCACAACCUUUCUUCAAGUCCUCAUCCGCUGCAUCGGCGUCAUAGGGGGAGUUUUCGUCUGCAUGGGGUACGCCGUUCCGAAUAGCCACGCGCGCAGUAAAAGUAGUGAGCGGCAGACCAAACGCCAGGGAUCGCCGCCAGAGUGGGACUCAGAUCGAAAUGGGGCGGGGGCGAACUGCCCAAGAGCGGGAAGAUGGUUCCUCAAGGGAGUGGCUGGGUUUUGGAAGGCUCAAGCAUGCUGCCGUAUGCUAGUUAUGCCGAUACGCCGUUUACGGGUGGGUUCCCUACCCCUGCUCCUCAGGGCGUCCCGUCCCCUUUUGCGGGCUCGUCAUAUUUGCACCUCGUUCUUCCACCCCCACAUCAUGUAUGGUUACAAUGGACAAGACGACUCCAAUGCAAAGAUGAACAUACCUCGACGCCCUACAAAUAUACAAAGUUUAUGA